CGCCAACAUGUCAAUGCAAGUUCUUGGAUUGAAAUUAAAAAAAUACAAUAGCCCGAAUUUUUAACUGGUUAAUUAACCGGUUAAAGCUUCUCAGACAAUUAAAUGAUAUAAAGAGUUUGCUAUUAUGUAGUUUUCUCGCUUUGCUUUCAGCAGUUAUUAAUUAACUAUUAUUUCCCUUUAAAAAAUGUUUCGAUCUUUUCUAAGUUUUCGAAGUACAGAGCCCAAAAUUUUCAACAUACUGCGAUUGUUGAGCGUUAUUGCUCUUACAUUUGGACUUUGUUUCUAUACGUGGAUUUCAGUUGUAGAAUUCGUUUCCAAUAUUUAUAAACCGGACGUGUACUUUAGUGAAGGAGUUAAUAGUUAUGAUAAAGACUAUAAUCUUAUAGGAUUUACAUAUCCAGGAUUCAGAAUUUGCCCAAAUACUUCAAAUAGUUACGAUGAUAAUGAUUCAUUAGAAAUAUCAUUACAUUAUCUAUAUCGUGAUGAAUUAAAUUCAACAUUAUUUUUUGAUAAUGGUUUAAAUGAAAAUUCACUCCAUCCAUAUAACCCUAACAUGACAUAUGAUUUACACAACAAUCCUGAAAAUGACAAGUUUUUUGAUAAAGAUAACCGUUGUAGGAUAUUUAAUUCUCAAAUAUCUGUCGGAGGUAUAACCGUCAGCUCAAGAUAUUUGCAUGGAGGAUUGCUUUUUAUUAUUACUUUGGAUAAUUCAUCAAAUUAUGAUUAUUUUGAAAUUAAUUUUAAUUCAAUUAAUACCACUACAACAUUACCAAGUUUAUUCGGUAAGCCUUUUGAGGAUGAAGGAAAUCUGUCAUUUAUUCCUAACCAACAUUUUAUUGUUCGAGGACAAUAUGUUAUUUAUGAAUUUGCUAUCAAAAGACAAAUGUACUAUUCUUCACCUUUUUACGGGAUAUUUGGUUUCAAGGCGAAUGAGGAAGCAACACAUAUUGAAAUUAAUGAAGAGACGCUUGCUUCAAUGCAAAAUACUUCUUUUACAGUGCUGGAAUUAAGAUACAAAUCUUCUUACAUAAGAGAUGAAGAGGAGAGAUAUCAAAUUACUGUUGGUAAACUUAUUUCAAAUCUUGGUGGUUUCUAUAGCGCUGUAAGUGGAAUAUUUAUUUUAUUAUUUGGCGCACCAAAACUUUCUCCAUGGGGGAUUUGCCAAACUUCAUUGUUAUGCUGUUGGCCGAUUCGUCGGAGUUUUAAAAAACACUUAGCAAGUAGAUAUGUUUCUCACGCAGGAAUUCCUUUAGCGGAAGAUCCACGUGAAAUGCCACAAGGUGCUAAAAUAGAAGAUAGAGUAGCUGUAUUAGAGCAUUUAUUAAAAGAGUAUUAUCUUGAUGCUUAUUAUUUAGAAAAAUUAAGAACCACACGUAAUAGAUAUCUAAAACUACAAGAACAAUAUAAUGAUCUUGAAGGCGUAGAGAUUUUAAAUGAAGAAGAUAAUCAUGAUGAUGAUUUUAAUGAUAACGCUUACUCGGAAAAAGGAUCAACAAGCUAUAAAAAAUGAUUUUAAAUACCAAGCAAGUAUAUAGUGAUAUUAUCUUAAACGUAAAUUUUGAAUUUCAUAAGUAAAACAACUAACGAUAUUGUUGUAACAUUGAAAAUUACAAAUAAAGUCGACUUAUUACGUUGAGUUCUUAGAAAUCGAGCAGGUAAUAAUUGAUGGGUUGGAAAACAUUUGAUAAUUUAAUUAAUUAGAAACACAAAUGUUUGUAAGAUUAUAAAUAAUUUAAUUAUUCUUUCAAUUCUAUCAAUUUCAAUUGAACAAAUAUAUAUAAACGUUGCGCCUCAAGUAUCGAUUUGCGUCAGGUGGC